UUUCUAGGAGGAGUGUGAUGCUGAGUGAUUGGAGCUGCUUUGGCACAGAGACGCCUGUAAGGCACAAUCUUCCACAAGUUUAAGGAAGAAUACUCGGCUUAGGCCUACCUUUGUAGGCUAUUUGGAAUGGCCUCGCCGAGCAUCAAUUGUAGCUUGGAUGAUAUCGACCUCAGUGCCCUCAAGGAACCUGCUGGAAUUUUUGAGCUGAUCGAGGUUGUGGGAAAUGGAACAUAUGGCCAAGUUUACAAGGGUCGACAUACCAAGACUGGGCAGCUUGCUGCCAUCAAGGUCAUGGAUGUGACAGAGGAGGAGGAAGAAGAGAUCAAGCUUGAGAUAAAUGUUUUGAAGAAGUUCUCUCAUCACAGAAACAUUGCAACCUAUUAUGGAGCAUUCAUCCGCAAGAGUCCACCAGGGAAAGAUGAUCAACUCUGGGUAGGACUAGGACCAACUCUGGUCAUGGAAUAUUGUGGAGCCGGUUCCAUCACUGAUCUUGUCAUACAUAGAGACAUCAAAGGACAGAAUGUUCUUCUCACUGACAAUGCUGAAGUAAAGCUGGUGGACUUUGGCGUAAGUGCUCAGCUGGAUCGGACCAUAGGAAGGCGUAACACAUUCAUUGGCACUCCUUACUGGAUGGCACCAGAGGUGAUUGCAUGUGAUGACAACCCAGAUGCAACCUAUGAUAACCGUAGUGAUCUCUGGAGUCUGGGAAUCACUGCCAUUGAGAUGGCUGAAGCUCAACCGCCCCUGUGUGAUAUGCAUCCAAUGCGAGCCCUCUUCCUCAUUCCUCGCAAUCCUCCUCCACGCUUCAAGAACCCCAAGAAAUGGUCCAAGAAGUUUCAUAGCUUCAUUGAGACAGUGCUGGUGAAGAACUACCACGAGAGGCCGUAUACGGAUGCCCUGCUCAAGCAUCCUUUCAUCAGGGACCAGCCGACCGAGAAGCAAGUACGCAUUCAACUAAAGGAUCACAUUGACCGUGUCAAACGACACAAGCUCAAGGAUCGGGAUCUGGAUGGAUUGGGGAUGGGCAUGAUCGCUGCAGCCAAUGGUGCUGGAGUUCCUAUGACACCUGGGGGAUACGGGAGUGGGUCAGAAGAUGAGGACACAGAUGAUGUUGUUGCUGGUGGACCAUCUUCCAUCCUGGGAGUACCUGGUGGUGGUGGUGGAAAUGGGGCAGUAGCUGCUGCUGCACAGGCAGAUAAGGGAGACACACUGAAGAGGAAUUUCUUACAGAUACAGGGAGAAGAAAAAGAUGAGAAAAGGAAGGGUCCUCCUCUUCCUUCUGCUGCUUCUCACAUCAUUCAGAGGCCCUUGCCAGAUCCCCCAAGUCGACCACUUCCACUUCCUCCCAAAGAAGAGGUACGAGAUCGAAACAGAGAUCGUGAUGCUGUUUCACGUCAGCCUCCAAAAGCCAACCGCAAGCCAGAAGAACUGGAUGCAUUGGCUGCUCACCUUAAUGAGCUGGGUCGAGGGGCUGAGCGAAGGAGGGAACGAGAUAGAGAUAGAGAUCGAAGAGAGAUUGAGAGUGAGGAAGAGGAAGAAGAAGACAAUGAAGAAGUGGAGGCUGAAGAGGAACAGUUGGCUGAUCGAAGGCGACGUUCCCGUCCUCCCUCUGAUGGAACCCUUCUUGCAUCUGAUCCACCUCAACCACUUCCUUCAGAUGGAUUCACAGCUGCCUUGUUGGAAGGAAGUGGAGGAAGCCGGGCUGCUGCUCCCAGUCGUCCACUCCCACCCACUCCAGAUGAAGAUCCUGAUGAUGAUGAUGUGCUUCACCACAUGGCAGGGCGUGGCAGCUCGGUGCUUCCAGAUCUCCUCACUCAAGCUUCAUCUCGUGGUCGAGAAGAGAAAGGUGCAGGCUUGCAGGGCAAGCAGAGAAGUUUUUUGGCUUAUGGAUUUGGAGCAUCCGGUGCAUCGCAGAGUCCCAUGCGACGAGGCGAGCGUGAGCGUGAGAGAGACAGCGUAAACGUGAAUGUUGGCGGGAACUCAGAUGCAGUUGCAUCUCCUGACACACCAGAGAUCCGGAAAUACAAGAAGAGGUUCAAUUCAGAGAUUCUCUGUGCUGCUUUGUGGGGUGUGAAUCUUUUGAUUGGGACAGAGAGUGGGUUGAUGCUCCUGGACCGGAGCGGACAGGGGAAAGUGUAUCAACUCAUAUCCCGCAGGCGUUUUCAGCAGAUGGAAGUACUUGAAGGCCAGAACAUCUUGGUGACCGUAUCAGGGAAGAAGUCUCGUGUCAGAGUUUACUACCUUUCUUGGCUCAAGGCCAAGAUCCUUCGAACUGAACAGCAACAGGUGGAGCGCCGCAAUGGAUGGAUCAACGUGGGUGACCUCCAUGGUGCUGUACACUUCAAGAUCGUGCGCUAUGAGCGCAUAAAAUUCCUGGUGAUAGCACUGCGUGAGAGCAUAGAGAUCUAUGCCUGGGCCCCUCGACCGUAUCACAAAUUCAUGGCUUUCAAGAGCUUUGGGGACCUGUCCCAUCGGCCUCUCCUGGUGGAUCUCACAGUGGAGGAGGGAUCUCGGCUCAAGGUCAUCUAUGGGAGCUCCGAAGGAUUCCAUGCCGUGGACCUGGAUUCUGCCUCUGUCUACGACAUCUACCUCCCCAAACAUAUCCAGGGGACAGUGGUGCCACACUGCAUUGUGGUGUUGCCCAACACUCAGGGGAAGCAUCUGCUCUUAUGCUAUGACAACGAGGGGGUCUACGUGAACACGUAUGGGAAGCCGGUGAAGAAUGUCGUCCUCCAGUGGGGAGAGCUGCCAACGUCAGUGGCAUACAUCGGCACUGGGCAGAUCAUGGGCUGGGGGAACAAGGCCAUUGAGAUUCGUGAUGUGGACACCGGUCAUCUUGAUGGAGUCUUCAUGCACAAGAAGGCUCAGAAGCUCAAGUUCCUCUGUGAACGAAAUGAUAAGGUGUUCUUCUCGUCAGCCAAAGGUGGGAGUUCGUGCCAAAUCUACUUCAUGACCCUAAACAAACCUGGGCUUGCCAACUGGUGAAUUGGUCACUAGGCCUCCACCUUUUUUUUAAAACAUCUUUGCGUUGCUACUUCCUCUUGUUUUUUUUUCUCAUUAUCAAUGACAUCAGGACCACUUUCUAUUGUUAUCAUCAUGUCAUCAUCAUUAUUAUUAUUAUCUUUUUCUUUUUUACCGGUACUGAAUUCUGUUGUCUUUCGUUCGAAUUGAAAACCUGAGGAAAUGCUCCUUGGUGUUUUCCUUGGCUUGUGGACAUGGAUGGAGAGAGAUUGUGCAUGUUUAUGUCUGUAGCGUGUGGCAUGGC